UGUGUAUGUUUUGUUUUGGGAAACUAAUAUACGGUUUACACUUGGCCAGUACAGUUAGACAAUCGCAGGCUAGGCGGGGAUUGUAUGGAAUCAUUAGUGCUCAGCGCUGAAUUGGUUCGACCGUUACCUGUCAAAAUCUCACAGUGAUAAGAUACUUUUAUAUUAUUAUUUGAAUUGAAAAAAUGCCGAAGAAAGCACCCAGAAACGCCUUUUACUUUUACAUGCUUGAUUUUAAGAAAGAACAACUUGAAAAGGGAAUAAAUUAUGCAAAUUUGGGUGAAAUUGCAGAAGCUGCCGGUCCCUCCUGGAAGGUGGUGCCAGCUAGUGUCCGCUCAAAGUAUGAAGCUAUGGCGAAACAAGCUAAACAGAAGAAUGGUGCUCCUGUUGCAAAAUAUACAUCCACAGGUAUACCACUAUCUCAGAUUGAACACCAAGAGAGGGAAAUGCGAGAAGCACAAGAAUAUGAACAAGAAGAUAUUAAGAACAUUGUGACUUAUAGCCACAUGAAAGGAACUUUGCUGACGGAUGUUUUUUACGUAAUGGAUGUGAACUAUUACUGCAAAGUCAACGACAGUCAUUACCUUAUUGGAGAAUGUUCAAUGCUGCGAUUCAGUUUGGCCGGAGGUAUUGAGGAGACCUAUCAUAAGAUUAUUAACCCAGGUUUCAUACCAACUGGUUAUGCAAAUGAUGUGAAACUCAGUUGUAUAGAGAAUGGUUUGGAAAGGCCGGAUGAAAGUAAACCCCGGAGUGACUAUCUAGAGAUUCAGGCUCACCUGUUAGAUUAUUUACAGAAAGGCAACCAUAGUAAAGUUGUACGGCCAAUAUUUACGAUGCCUGAAAAAGUGACGCCUAUUCGGGAUUUCUUCAGACAACUGUGUAGCCGGAGUUCGGAGGAUGAUUCAGUAUACCGUAUAUACAGGCUGGAUACUCUGUUUUACAACUUGAUCAAUUCAGUAAAGACAAGAACUGACGAAGGCUUCCCGAAGGAGUCUCUGGCACUGACACAACUCCGAAAGGAUCUUUUCAAGUAUACACUAGGACUGGGAUGUGAGUACCACGAGGGGACGGAGAAGACAGUGGAGUGCAGCUCGUACCGCAUCAAGUGCUGGUCCUUCACGGUGCUGGACGGCUGCUGCGCGCUGGCUGGCGUGGAGCCGGUGCCCGGCAGGCAUGUGCCGCAUGGCUGUGAUAUUGAAGGUAUAUACGCUCUCCAGGAGCAGAAGAGGGGCCGCUUGCCGCCCAGCGUUGCAGGGUUUGCGGAACCAUCUUCAUCAAAUACUUCCACAGUGAAUGAAUCACUCCUCGACUCCACUACCAGCAGUGUCACCGAAGGAGGAGCUAGGAAAAAAGAAAAGAGAGUUCAUGUGCCAUUGCGGAUGCCGAAGACAGAUUAUUCUCACAUGAUCCGAGCAGCGCCCGCUCUCACAGAGUCAAACUUUCCCAGUUUAGUUGCAGGACAUGGCAGAGGUCGCGGCAGCCUCUCCAACAGUAUGAACCGGCUCAAGCUUGAUAAUUAAAUAUACUUGGAAAGAAGAAGAAGAUACUUCAGAAGAAUAUACUCUAAAUCUUCUUUCGUGAUUCUUUUGGUGAAACAGACUAAAUAUACGACUUUAUAGUGUUUAAAAAAUGAACCUGGUAUUAUUUGGACCAGUUUGUGAAGUGUUAGUGAUAUUAGUGUUAUAUAAAUGUGGGCUCAUAAAGAUUAUAUAUGUAAGUAUAAUUAUAUUUUUAUAUUUAUAGAUUGCAUAUAGUUAUUUGCGAAAGCGGAACGAAAUAGAAACGAACUCGAUUUUAAACAAACUAUGAUAUCUAGGUUUAAAAAUUUAAAUUUAUUGUGAUUUCUUUGUUAAAUAUUCACUUUUUUUUCGUAUUUUUUGCUUCGAUUCCGGUCCGCUUUCGCGGUUAUGUGUUGUUUUUUUCUUAUUCUUAGUAAUUGACGAACAUAGCAAUUUGAUUGUUAUGCUUUAUGACAGUUAACUUUGGCUUAGUUGUUAACUUAGGGUAGUCUUUGAGUCCCUUAAUGGAGACAUAGUAAGCUAAUAUUUCCAUUAAAAACAAUUACCGUUAUUAUGGGAAUUUUGCAAUAAGUAUAUUGUGUCAUAAGUGUAGGGUUUAUUUUAUCUUACUAAUAUUAUAAACUCGAAAGUUUAGAUGGAUGAAUAGACUUUACAGUUUGUUGCCUACAUGACUAAACCGAUUUCGAUUAAAUUUGGUAUAGAUGUGGACGAUGGUCUAGAAGGCUACUAAGGCACAUAGACUCACUUUUGAUUUUUUUAAUCCCACGCGGAUGGAGUCGCGGGCGAAAGCUAGUUAUAAAUAUGCUUAAAAAAUGU